AUGGACGACCCGCCCACACCCAGUCUUGUACCCGUCUUCGACGAGCAACAAUACCGAACAGAUGUCCUCCACCUCGACUCAGCAGAUGCAGAACAAGCGCGGGCGCAACAGCUUUCCGACGAGGCGCGCACUCUCGGCCUGAAAGUUCCUGAGAUCGAAGCCUCGGCACCGCUGGCCGCCUCCAUCGCCUCUGGAAUGGUCGAUCUCUCCUCCUCGCCGCUCCUCUCAUCCGGCUCAUCGACUGAUCGAAAUUCCCUUGCCGAUGGAUCCGUCACUCCCUCCUACGAACCGUCCUCCCCGUCCCCGCUUGAUCAAGUCGUCUCCUCCCCGUCCUCAAUCACAAUUGCCUCCGAGCGCGCGAAGCCGGGCAGUACGCGCUCGCUCGCUUCGCUGUCCACUCGACCAACCUCGUAUUGUUCCAGCGAGAGCAGGACUCUGCCUGGCGCUUAUGCGUAUGGUAAAAAUGCGGAUAAUUUGUCGGUUCCCGUGAAUCGCAUGUCGAUGCUCAGCGUUGCGUCGGCGGACAAGAAGGAUAAAAGGAGGAGUAGCAUUAAGAGUGCUAUUGGACGGAUCCAGUUUCGCAGGAAGAGGCCCUCUAGUGUUUUGCUCCCGCCUGAUUCAAACGUUUUGGUCUCCAAGGGCGAUACGGGCGUGGAUCAUGUAUACCUCGAGCAGAAGAAACAGGCGCCAACAAGCAACGAGGUGCUCCCCCGUCCGCCAACGUCGGAAUCUCUCGCGAAAUUGGAGGUCCCUCUCUUCGACAAGGAAUCACUGCAGAGAAGCUUGGAUGAUCCAGAGCUAGGUGAGAUGUUAGAGCGACAUCGAUUGGAAAAGAAUAGACACAUGGCAUUCCAAGAUGCCGCCCUCAGCAUCGCGCGACAAAGACAUCAAACCGCCAUUUCGGAACGAUACUCAGAAAACGAGCGCUUGGAAGAGGAGAAGCGUGUAAAGAACACAGCCGCGACCAGUCGACUAGAGGAGCGCCAACUCGCCAUCGAAAUGGAACAACAACGUGACUUUGAACGCGCUAAAAUGAAUUCUCGCACUCGCAUCAAGCAUAUGGAGGGCUAUUUCCGCAAUUCCAGUCCUCCAUCUUCACCUUCACCUUCCCCCGCAGGGACAAGCACUGCGCAACAAUCCUCCGAGUCAAUGAUCUCCGAGACAAACGGGACCCCACCAGCUCGUCGCAUCACGCAGCAACAAAAAGAGCAGCUAGAGCAACAAUACCACGCGCACGAGUCGAUGGACGCCCUUCACGAAGCCCGCAUCAAGGUUCUCCGAGACCGGCAGGAAAUGAAGUUGUCCGAGGCUAUGGAGCGUAUGGAGCGCGAACUGGAUACGCUGUGCGAGACGAAUAUCAAAAAUAUCAAAACGCUGCAAGUUGAACAUAGGAAUGAGGAAACGGCUGUUAUUAAGGCUUUGGAUUCGAAGAAAGUGGAGUUGCAGCAUCGUUGGCAUUUGGAAGAAGCUAUUUUGCGCCACCGGCUUGAAGAAAGGAAUGGGCUUGUUUAUGGCCCGUUGCCGGUGAUCUCGUUCACUGUUGCUGUUGCUGAUGAUUCUGAGACUGAGAAUCGAGAUUGUGCUAUUUCGGAGGCGUCUUCUGUUGCUGCUGGGGAUAUUUAG